AGACGAGCUCGAUCGGCGCUCUGCGCUAUCACGGCUCGUCGCGCACGUGCGGGGCUGCCCCGCGACAUCACAUUCGUGGAGCCGAUCGAGUGGUGUUGCGUGCAGCAACGCCUGCGAGCCGUUAUAGAUGGAAAAAGCAGCAGUGGACCUCGCAAAGCAGCAUGGCCCGUACUACUACGCGCAUGCGGCGAAGGCCUGGGAGGUACCCGAGGAUGCAAAGACCAUAAGCGGUGAGGGCCUGACGCACACUGGCCAGGGCCCGCGGCGCCUCGACGGCGCCGCCGCGACCGUGGCCGACGCGCCCGCUGAUGAAUCGAUGGAGGGGUUGCGUGCAGAAGUGGCGCGGCUGCGGGCGCGGCUCGCCGACGCGGCGCGCGUGCGGCGGCCGGAGACGAGUCCACUGAAAAAGUACGCGUUCGCCGACGGCGAGGAGACGUGCAAAAUUUACAUCGAGUUCGCGGCGGGCGAGCUGCGCGCGCGCCGGACGGAGGAGGACGGGUCGGCGCGCCAUUGCCUCGACGCGGGCGUCGUGGCGUCGUUCGAACGGCGCCGGGUACGCGUCGUCGUCGUCGUGCCGGACGCCGCGGGAGACGACUCUCGCCGGGAGUUCGCUGUGAACCUGGCGUGCGACAUCGUCCCGAAACACUGCUCCUACAAGGUCGUCGCGGAGAAAAACCGCGUCGUCGUCUCGCUGCGCAAGGCCGAGGCGGUGCCCUGGCCGACGCUCGCCUGCGCCGCGCCCUAGCUCGUUGUUAAGUCACA